AGAUCGUCUCAGUUGGACCAGUCAGGCAUCGCUAAGUGAGCAAUAAUAUGAAAAGCAAAACAAUUUUCUGUUUAAAUUGUUCUUAAACGUUUCUAAGUCACUAAGUUAAUAAGUCAAUAAAUGCCGCAGCGUUAUUGCCGCACUUGCGGCCAGUUCAUCUUCUGUUCAACACCCAGGAAUCUCUUCCAGGAGCCCGAUUCCGUGAUGCUGCACCAGAUCGAGGCUUUGACUGGAUUGUUUUUGCUCUGCGGAUCCGGAGACGAGUCCGAUCUGCCCACUUUCAUUUGCUCACCCUGCGAAAUGGACCUGCAGGUGGCGAUUUCCUUUCGGGAACGCGUGAUACACACCCAGAACACACUGCAAAACAGUCCCAACGUGGGGGUCAUGGACUUAAACGAAGCCGUCGUGGUUGGUGUGGAGGAGGAGCUUCAGUACACCGAGGAAGUGACCGAAGUCGAGGUCAUAGACAUGCUACCCGAGGAACAGCUGCCGGAGGAGGCGGAAGAGCCGCUCGAAAUAUGUGAGCAGCACGAGGAGCCCGAGGUAGAGAUUCCUGCGCAGCAGAAGGAGCUCCGCAGAAGUGCAAAGACCACGCCCACAGUCUUCCCCUCCCUAAAGUUUGCGGACAACAGCCAGGCCCAUAAUAGCCACAAACCCCGUACCCAUUGGGGCAGGCUCACCGAGGACGAAGUGGUGGCCCUGAAGCGGGAGCGACGCAAGAGGGAGUGCAUAUGCGAACAGUGCGGCCGGCACUUCUCCUGCCCCAGCAACUUCAAGCUGCACCUUCUUCGACACACCGGCGUGAAGAGCUUCGCCUGCGACCAGUGCUCCCAGAAAUUCUACACUGGUACACUUCUGCGGCGCCACCAAGCCCUGCACGCAGGAACUGCUCCGUAUCAGUGUCGCUACUGCGAGGCAACCUACAGCAACGCCAGCGGACGCAUCCAGCACGAACGCAUGCGCCAUACGAAUGUGAAGCCAUUCAAGUGCAAGGAUUGUGAUAAAAGCUUUGCCAUGAGCGGAAAACUCCGGACGCACAUGCUAAGUCACACGGGAGUGCGCGCGUUCCACUGCGAGUCCUGCAAAGUCUCCUUCGUUCGCCGCUCCCACCUGGCAGCCCACUUCCGCUCCAAGGGGCACGCCCACGUACUAAGCGCCCAGGAGGCGCUGUGUAAUCCUGUGGAACUGGACGUAGAGGCAAAUACGUAAAUGUGGAUGCAGACAACGACUAAGACUUCAUUAAGCAAAAGAAAUUUACCAAAUGAGGAUCCUAAGAUGAAUAAGAUGUUAAAAGAUAAUUCUGCUGGGGAUCUCGAAAGUAAAAAUCUGUAGCUUAGAUUAUAUUCAGACUAGCUUUAAUACUCAAUGUUAUUUAUAUUCAUCGAAUACAGGAUAUGUGCAAAAAAGGCUGUGUUAAAUA